CAAAUUGUUUACAAUUCAAUUUACUGAAAGCGGUUAGUGAAGUAAAUGAAUAAUGGUCUGUGCGCUGGGUAUCGAGGGCAGCGCCAACAAAAUCGGUAUUGGCAUUAUACGAGAUGGCGAAGUAUUGGCAAAUGUAAGACGCACUUACAUCACACCUCCGGGUGAAGGUUUUCUACCAAAGGAGACGGCCAAACAUCAUCGUGAAGAGAUAUUGGGAUUGGUGCAGGCCAGCCUGAAAGAGGCGCAGCUAAAGCCUGCAGAUCUGGACGUAAUCUGCUACACCAAAGGACCCGGCAUGGCGCCGCCACUGUUGGUUGGCGCCAUUGUGGCGCGCACGCUCUCACUGCUGUGGGAGAAGCCGCUGUUGGGUGUUAACCAUUGCGUGGGCCAUAUUGAGAUGGGCAGACAUAUAACCGGCGCCCAAAAUCCGAUCGUUUUAUAUGUAAGCGGCGGUAACACGCAGGUCAUUGCCUAUUCCAAUCAGCGCUAUCGCAUUUUCGGCGAGACCAUUGACAUUGCUGUGGGGAAUUGCUUGGAUCGCUUUGCACGCAUCAUCAAGCUAUCAAAUGAUCCCAGUCCCGGCUAUAAUAUUGAGCAGCUCGCCAAGAAGGGAAACACAUACGUAAAACUGCCUUAUGUAGUGAAAGGGAUGGAUGUUAGCUUUUCGGGAAUUCUGUCGCACAUUGAAGAUUUGGCGGAUCCCAGCAGACGACGCAACAAGCGCAAGAAGCCACAGGAUGAAGUAGAUCCGGAAUAUAGCAAGGAGGACCUAUGCUAUUCGCUACAGGAAACAAUUUUCGCCAUGCUGGUGGAGAUAACCGAGCGCGCCAUGGCCCAUUGCGGUUCCAACGAGGUGCUUAUUGUCGGCGGUGUGGGCUGUAAUGAACGACUUCAGGAAAUGAUGCGCAUUAUGUGCGAAGAGCGCGGUGGCAAACUCUUUGCUACGGAUGAACGCUAUUGCAUUGACAAUGGACUGAUGAUUGCUCAUGCUGGCGCAGAAAUGUUUCGGGCAGGCACACGCAUGCCCUUCGAGGAGUCCUUUGUGACGCAGCGCUAUCGCACGGACGAGGUGCUGGUUAGUUGGCGAACUGACUAAAAAGGUCACACAGAGUAUUUUGUUCGUUUUAUUUGUUUAAUUAAUUAAAGACUACAUUUGAUAAUUCA